AUGGGCUGGGUACACAAUGCCACUCCCUCGGUCGAGGCUGCGUCCGAGUACCGGCUUAUUUUGGGAAUAUGUCUCAGCCUGACGAUGCUGAUGGUGAUUACCGUGUGUUUGCGGUUGUUCGUGCGCGCGCAAGCGAGUCGAUUGGAAAGCAGAUACGGUCUUGGUCUGCCGCUCAAGCUUCGUCCCAAGGCAAACCUAUCGACAUAUACAAAACUUAACUAUGCCGGCCGUCCAUUCUAUCAGCUUGGCAUCGCCGGAUUCAAAGCCUCUCUCUGCCUCAGCUACCUACGCCUGCUGUCCGGCACGUCCAAGAGCUUCUACCGCAUUGUGAUUUGGGUGGUGAUUACAAUCUCGACAGUCGGUCACGUCGUGGGAACUCUCGUUUUGCUUUUGGACUGUUCGCCGGUCCAAAGGGCAUGGAACACAACCGUCCAGGGCACUUGUCUCCCGGUCGGAGCGACCUUUUACGGCCUCGCCAUAUUCACCAUCAUCUGCGACGUGAUGAUCAUUUUCCUGCCGAUCCCGCUCCUUUUACAACUGAAUAUCAAACCCGCGCAAAAGGCGGGUGUGGUGUGUCUCUUCCUCCUGGGUCUGUUCACGACCAUCUGCUCGAUCCUGCGUUUGACGCAGAUUCACCGGGUGGCCUACGGAGAUGGAAACUCGACGAUGCUGGUUCUGUGGGGAACUAUUGAAUUCAAUGUCGGAAACAUCGUCACCUGCGUUCCGUAUCUGGCUCCUCUGCUCAAGGGCUACGUGCGCGAUUUCGGAUCGACUAGCGGCCGAAAAUACUACGAUAGCCGGGGCCGAAACUACGCCAUGGAAAACUGGUCCAAGGAACAGCGAUCACAUCUGCAAUCUAGUGCAUCCGGGCCCCUCCCGCCGAAAAGGUCCCCGAGCGAGGAGCUGAUUCUGGCUUCUCGGGAGCCGUCCCAUGGUGGGAUUGAGAUGACGGUGGAGUAUCGGGUGUCUCUGGAGGGGUCGGGUAGACGUGGAUCGACUAGGUGA